AUGGAAACAGAAAGAUCCAACCCCAUUGCUUCACAAAUGCAGUAUGUACCAAUUACUCUUGAAGAAGAAAUAUUUGGAUCUCAAUAUAUGGACACGCUUAAUUCACCAGAUGAUGGUAAUACUGCCAAAGUUACUGGAUCAAUAACCCUGCAAACACCUCCUGAAACAUGCUCUUUAUGCAAUAAUUCUGUUCUAUUAUCCAAACUCAAUGAAGUUAACUUGGAACCGAUUGCAAAAUUAACCUGUGUUCAUACCUUUCAUCUUAAAUAUAUUGUCAACUCUCUAAAGGAAAAUCCAGAUUGUUUCUACUGUCGUCGAUCUAUCUAUUCCAAUGAUGAUAAUGAUGACAUCUUACACCUACAAGAAAAAAACUUUAAAGUGGAAAAGUUUCUCAAAGAAUUAUCUCUUUGGCCAAUAGUAUUUACUCAAUUACCUGAUCCAGAAAAUGAGAAGAUAGAGAAUUCCUCAACUCCACAAAUGGAUUUUCCUAAAAUACAUGACAAAAUUCUUAAAGAUGAGAAGAAUCUUGAAAAACAAACACGUAAGAUGAUCUAUACAAAAUAUGAAAUUCUUGACUCAUAUUACCUUCUUGAAAAAGCAUUAGAGGAUAAGUCAGCAGAGUUAAAGUCUAAAAAUCCAUUCCAUUCUGCCCAAAUUAUACUUAAUAAGGAAAUUAGAUAUCCUAUGGCCAGUCAAGUUAUCAGCAAUGAAUCGAAGCUUGUAAAUGAAUUACCGGGAAAUUUAAGAAAAGGGUUUACGAAACUUAUUCGUAAAAUAAUGCCCACACCUAUAUCAAUGAUUCAAAAAAUAUAUAGAGAAUUUGUACUAAAUUUUAAGAGGUAUGAAAUCGAAAUGAAAUCAGCCAAAUUAAUACAUGAUGGGGCUUGGAAAGAAUCAAAAGAAGAUAUCAAAUACAUGAUCAAAGAAAUUCUUAAUGUUUUGAAAGAUAUUUGGAAUAACUCAGUAUUUGAUCCUGAACUCGUAAAGAUAUUAAAUGAGAGGAUAUAUCAAUCAACUAUUAUUGUACCUGUUAUUUGA